AGCAGGAACUGGUCUUUCUACAGUCAUGUAAAUGUGGGGAAGCAAAAGAACUUGCAAGGGCCAAAGAAAGCGUACAUCACUGCUGGCAGCAUGACUUCUCUGAAUUGGAAACUGACUUCUAAGAGAACAACCAUUUAUUCUACACUAUGGCUGACUUCGCAGUGGGGUGUAGUGGCAAUGUUGGGAAUGCUGAAAGGUCCUUUUCGCAUCUGAAUACAAGGAGAGUUAUUGGCUAAAGGAGAUGUGACCGAGCAAAGGCAACCAUGGCCAAUAUCCAGGAUGACAUUCAAAUGGCCAUGCUGUUGAUAACAAGCCUGGGAAUAUUUUGCUUGGGAAUGGUGGCAACAGAGGAUUCCCAUUGUCAGCGGGCUGAGCAUCCUGUUAUUACAAGUGAAGAAAUUGCUCCCUGGUUACAUAUAUUCAGAGCUGAAAAUGCUGUUGACUUUUCUCAGAUAGUGUUUGAUCCCAGACAAAAAGAACUGAUUGUUGGAGCAAGAAACUACCUCUUCAGGUUACAUAGUGAGGAUCUUUCUCUGAUCCAGGGUGUGGAAUGGCGUUGUGAUGAGGCUACUGAAAAAGCUUGUUACAGUAAAGGUAAAUCAAAGGAAGAAUGUCAGAAUUACAUCCGUGUUCUCCUUAUUGGUGGGGACAAGCUCUUUACAUGUGGAACGAAUGCUUUUACACCUAUUUGCACUAAUCGAACCCUAAAUAACCUGGAAGAGAUACAUGAUCAGAUCAGUGGCAUGGCACGAUGCCCAUACAGUCCCCAGCACAACUCCACAGCUCUCUUAGCCAGUACUGGUGAGUUAUAUGCUGCAACCGUCAUGGACUUUCCUGGAAGGGAUCCUGCCAUUUAUCGCAGCUUAGGGAUUCUUCCUCCCCUCCGAACAGCACAGUAUAACUCCAAGUGGCUCAAUGAACCAAAUUUUGUGUCUUCCUAUGACAUUGGAAAUUUCGUGUAUUUCUUCUUCCGAGAGAAUGCUGUGGAACAUGACUGUGGGAAAAUAGUAUUUUCUCGGGCUGCUCGAGUUUGUAAGAAUGACAUCGGGGGCAGGUUUUUGUUAGAGGACACUUGGACCACCUUCAUGAAAGCUCGUCUGAACUGUUCCCUCCCUGGAGAAAUCCCAUUUUACUACAAUGAAUUACAGAGUACGUUCUUCCUGCCAGAACUGGACUUAAUCUACGGGAUCUUUACCACUAAUGUGAACAGCAUAGCAGUUUCAGCUGUUUGUGUAUUCAACAUGACUGCGAUAACACAAGUCUUCAGCGGGCCAUUCAAGUACCAGGAGAAUUCUCGUUCUGCUUGGCUCCCUUAUCCCAACCCAAACCCUAAUUUUCAGUGCGGCACCAUGGACCAAGGCCUGUAUCUGAACCUGACAGAGAGGAAUCUUCAAGAUGCCCAGAAGUUUAUUUUGAUGCAUGAAGUGAUACAGCCUAUCACACCAGUUCCAUAUUUCAUGGAGGACAACAGCCGUUUUUCCCAUGUGGUGGUAGAUGUGGUACAAGGCAAAGACAUGCUUUUUCAUAUAAUCUAUUUGGCCACAGAUCAUGGCACAAUUAAAAAGGUGCUUGCUCCAGUUAAUCAGAUAUCAAGCAGCUGUUUGCUGGAGGAGAUUAAUAUUUUCCCAAAGAAGCAGUGGGAACCCAUCCAGAGUCUGCAGAUUUUACACAGUCAGAGUGCUCUAUACGUGGGCCUCCAGAAGAGUGUGGUGAAAAUCCCACUGAAGAGAUGUCUAUUCUACAAAACAUACAGUGCAUGUGUUGGAUCCCAGGACCCUUACUGUGGUUGGGACUUAGUACUAAAGAAAUGCACGCCUUUGGAAGAAAGCCUGAGCAUGAGUCAGUGGGAGCAAAGCAUCUCAACGUGUCCAACAAAGAAUUUGACUGUGGAUGGCCAUUUUGGAACCUGGUCAGAAUGGAAGUCUUGCACACACACGGAUGGCACCAACGUAGGCUUCUGCCUCUGCAGAACCCGCUUGUGUGACAACCCAGUACCACAAUGUGGGGGGCGGCAGUGUGAAGGGCCAAUUGUGGAGAUUGUCAACUGUUCCAGGAAUGGAGGCUGGACUCCCUGGACAUUGUGGUCUCCUUGCAGUACCUCCUGUGGGAUAGGCUUUCAAGUCCGCCAGCGUUCCUGCACAAACCCAAGCCCUCGACAUGGAGGCCGUGUCUGCGUGGGACAGAACCGUGAAGAAAGAUAUUGUAACGAGCACUUGCUAUGCUCCCCACAAGUCUUCUGGACCGGUUGGGGUGCAUGGGAACGUUGCACAGUCCAGUGUGGAGGAGGAAUUCAGGCCCGCCACAGAAUUUGUGAGAAUGGCCCCGAUUGUCCUGGUUGCAACGUUGAAUAUCAAGCUUGCAAUACAAGCCCCUGUCCCGAACUGAAAAAGACCACGCCAUGGACACCGUGGAGUCCCGUAAACAUCUCUGAUAAUGGUGGCCACUACGAGCAAAGGUUCCGAUAUACUUGCAAGGCCCGGCUGCCUGAUGCAAACUUGUUGGAUGUAGGAAGGCAGCGAAUUGAAAUGCGUUACUGUUCUAGUGAUGGUUCCACUGGAUGCUCCACCGAUGGUGACUUCAUGCACUCUGGACGUUACGCUGCCCAUACUAUUAACGGUGCCUGGUCCCCCUGGUCUCCGUGGUCCCAGUGUAGCCGAGACUGCAGCAGAGGCAUUCGGAAUCGGAAGCGUAUUUGCAACAAUCCUGAGCCAAAGUAUGGAGGCCUGCCUUGCUUGGGACCAUCUCUCGAAUACCAAGAAUGCAACAUUCUCCCAUGCCCAGUUGAUGGCAGCUGGUCAUGUUGGUCAUCAUGGUCCAAGUGCUCCACAACUUGUGGAAGUGGGCAUUACAUGCGGACCCGCUCCUGCACAAACCCAGCACCGGCUUAUGGAGGUGAUAUCUGUUUAGGGCUCCACACUGAAGAAGCCCUCUGCAAUACACAGCAGUGUCCAGAGAGCUGGUCUGAGUGGUCAGAGUGGUCUGGCUGCAAGUCAUCUGGAAUCCAGUUCCGCAACCGCCAGUGCAAUGUAUUAUUUCCUGUGGGCCACCAGUGCUCUGGGAAUACCACUGAGAAUCGGCCGUGUGUUUUGGAUUCUAACUUCAUUCCAGAUAUAACAGUGGCAAGAACCAGGAGCGUCAAAGAGAAACGAUGCGGAGAGUUCAACAUGUUUCACAUGACUGCAGUGGGGCUCAGCAGUUCCAUCCUUGGGUGCCUUCUGACACUUCUGGUUUACACCUAUUGCCAGCGAUAUCAGCAGCAGUCCCACGACGCAACCGUCAUCCAUCCAGUGUCUCCCGCACCUCUUAAUACCAAUAUCACUAACCAUAUCAACAAGCUGGACAAAUACGAUUCUGUGGAAGCUAUCAAGGCAUUCAACAAAAAUAAUUUGAUCCUGGAAGAACAAAACAAGUACUUUAAUCCCCAUCUUACAGCAAAGGCCUACUCCAAUGCCUAUUUUACAGAUUUGAACCACUAUGAUGAAUAUUAAAAAGAGGUACUAUUUUCUACUGGAGUGCAAGUCAUUACCGCACAGUCAAAUGUACUUGUGUCAUGUUACUGCCCCCUUUGCUGCAGAAGAGUCAAAGGCUCUUUUCAAAGUUUUGUACUUCAGUACAAUAAUUUGUACUUCCUAAUUAUACUCGACCUAUGAACAAGAAGUGGGCCAUUUUGUAUAGGUCAACUGGCUUGGCUCAGUGUUCAUCCAACAUAUCAUUUGUUUCAGCUUUUCACAAUUGUCUAAAGCUGAUUAAGGACCGUCACCCAACUUCCAUGGGAUAAAGCUUUGCUGCAAGCGGGAGACUACAAAAAGAACAAUAGAUUAUUGAAUGGAAUUACACCCAAUUGUCUGCCAGUCAAGCCUUCAGAGCUCAGCCUGUAUUUUGAACUUCAUGAAGCUGUUUUGAAGUUCAAGAAGAGUACUUUAUGGUGAGGCUUCAGGCUACCUGCGGUUUGCAAAACAGAUGCAGGAGGGCGAGGCAAACACAGGCAUAAAUGGUGGAAUAAAUAAAAAACAUGCACAAUUCAUCUGUUUCAGCCUGCCAGGACAGGAACAUCUGUGUAAAGGAAGCAGCAACUGGCUCAUUGAAUUAUUCCUGUGAGCUGUUGAUACAUAGAUUUGUGCAAAAUGUACACUUCUAAUAGUAGAAGUGCAAGGAAUCCCACCUGGAUUAUUUGUUACAAACCAACCAGUUGACUUGUAGUUCCACCAUUUUAUUUAUCUCGUCCUGCAGAGGUGUACACAGAAAGCGCAAAGAAUAAGUAAAUGGCAUGAAGUAUAAUGAG